CGUGCUGCAGCCCUUUGUUUCUAUGACUACAUCCUGACAUUAGAUCGUGAAAUCAAAUUUAUAUGGAAGGCUGACCUCUCACUUGCAACCUCACUUUACUAUGCCUUCAGAUAUGUGGCGCUAUCCAAUACUCUCAUAGAGUUGCUUAAGGGCAUCGUAUGGCAAAGUAUGCAGCUUUUCACCAUUUUGACAGUUUUUGCUCCAUUGCGGGUGUAUGCUAUAUUCAGUCACAACAAAGGGAUGUUCGGUCUAGUUUGCUUAUCUGGGAUGAUCAAUCCAGUCAUCUUCCUCGUGAGUCUAAUAAACCCUGGUGUGGCAAAGGUGUUAGCCAGCUGGCACCUUUCCAUCUCAUGGGCGCAAGGGAGUGAGAGGCUGGUGGGGCCACAAAGGACUGGAGAAUACAGGAUGACAGCUGCAAGAGCUGCCUCGCUCGUAUCUGAUGGCUUGGUAUUUAUGUUGACAUGCAUGAAAACCACUCGGAAGACAGAUUCAGGAUUCAUCAAAUCACCCCUUGGACCAUCCUUGCAGGAUAUAUUGUUGAGGGAUAGUACGUGUCUGCAGAUAUACCGGGCUGUGUCCUGCUAA